CGACGCCCAGACGCAUGACGCCCACCACGGGCCCCGCGGUUUUCUUUGGCCGCAAGCUGGCGGGCAUAAGGUUCUGCGGAGAAAGUUUCUGCGCCCGCCAUGGAGCGCGCCCCCGUUCUUGCAGAGGCAGCGUCGCGUCGGGGCGGCGGGCCCCCUCGAGCAUUACGGGCGGCCGGAAAAAUGGCCGGCAGGGGUCGGGGCGGGUAUACGGUCCACGGCAGGGCUUCCUGCGGCCGGUGCGCGCGCAAAUCUUACGGGAAGCCGGCACCUUGCCCGACUUGCCGAAUGCACUACCAGCGAUUUUCGGCGGCCCUUCGAAGUUCCCGGGCCUCUGGCGCUCGCAGUGGGGGACUCGGGCGAUCCGCCAGCGUUGCGGCGCCUGGCAGAUGCGCAGCCGGGGCCGGGCCAAGUCGUUCAUGCGGAAGACAGUGGCGCGCAGCCGGGGCCACGGAAGUGAAGGCGCACAGCCGGGGCGCGCCCUGCCGCUACCCCUUGCCGGGUACUGUCAGGGCCCCGGCGAAUUCCGCAGGGCCCCGGCAAAGACUGGCCAGAGGCCGCCCGGCAUUUGAAGACCGAAGGCGACCUGGAACCCGACCCACUACUAUUAUUCUGGAGCCGGAGCGGUUGCGGGCCAGGUGCUUGAAGCGCCUCGGCGUUUCAUCUAUCAGCGCCGUGCGAAUUUAGAAGGCGGGGCUUCUUUGUCGAUGGGCUUCCCGAUUCGCGGCAUUCAGGUACGGCG